AUGCCGGGGUAUUUCUGCUCCAAGCCUGCAGCGAUUCGCCCAUCGGCGAGCUGCAAGUCGAUACCGAUGGAGCCCGUGACCAUCCCAAUGGAGCCGAGGCUUCUUCAAGCCGUCCACGUGCCCGCGCCUCCGUGGACCCUCCAAGCGCCAGGGCCCGUUCGCCGGUCCGAGCCGCCCCGGCACGCGAGCCCCAGCGCCGUGCGCCCCAGCCCCGUGCGCCCCAGCUGGGCGCCCUCCAGCGCGCGGCUGCGCGCGGAGCUCACGGAGCCCGCAGAGCCUGCGGAGUCCGUGGAGCCGCGUCCAGCGACCCCUUCGUCCCUCUGGCCCGAAGGGGGCGGAAGGAUACGCCUGCCGUGCAAGGCCUUGGAGGCAAAGUCCUCACCAGAGCGACCGAAAGCGGAAGUCCCCCAGGAGAGGACACCGGAAGGUGUCAAGACCCGGCGUCCUCCUCAACGGCCCGUCAAGGCUCGCCAUGAACUUCGACAGCAAAAGUGUGGUUGUCAAAAUUAG